UGGCCGGUUUGCUUUUCAGGUAGCUCGUUGUUUUUUGCAGGUAACCAGGAGGUGCAGCAGGUAAAUUUUCUGGUUCAGAGAGAAAUCUAGACAAAUUAUCUGCAGACAUCAUGGGAUCUUUAUGGGAUGACUUGGAAAGCCUCGUGGAUGCUCCUUCCUCUUUCUCAGCAAAAAGUGGAGAGCGAGGAACCAUCAAGCCCAAAGCAAACUUUAAUGCAGAGCAGGAUGCUGCAGCUCUGAAAAAGGCCCUUGAAGGACUUGGCACGAAUGAGAAGAUUGUGAUUGAGAUUCUGACCACCAGAAGCAGCGCUCAGAGACAGCUCAUCUGUAAAGCUUAUGAAAAGGCCACCAGCAGAACAUUAGUGAAGGACCUGAAAGGGGACACCAGCGGGAACUUUGAGGACCUGCUCGUGGCGCUCGUCACUCCUCCUGCUGAGUACGACUGCCAUGAAGUAAUGCGGGCCAUGAAGGGAGCUGGAACCAAAGACAAAGUCUUGAUUGAAAUCUUUGCCUCCAGAUCUAACCAACAAAUUAAAGAUCUCAGUGACGUCUAUUUCAAAGAAACCAAAAAGCAGUUGACAGCUGCCCUGGAGAGUGAAGUUUCGGGAGACUAUUCCAAAGCGCUGCUCCUCCUGGCUCUGGGUAAGCGGGAUGAGAGCACCACAGUGGAUGUUAAUAAGGCAAGAGAAGACGCCAAGACUCUUUACAAUGCCGGGGAGAAGAAGUGGGGCACCGACGAAUCUAAAUUCAUUGAAAUCCUUUGCAAAAAAAGCAUUCCUCACCUGAGACAAACUGUGAUUGAAUACAAGAACAUCAGUGGAAAGACCCUGCAGCAAAGCAUUGAAGGGGAGAUGUCAGGAGACCUGGAGAACCUGCUCGUGGCUGUUGUGAAAUGUGUGAAGAGCGUACCAGGUUACUUUGCAGAACUCCUGCAUGAGAGCAUGAAGGGUGCAGGAACUGAUGAGUCCACUCUGAACCGGAUCAUGGUGAGCCGGUCUGAGAUCGACCUGCUGGACAUCAGAGCCGAGUUCAAGAAACUCUACAAACACUCGCUGCUCUCUGCCAUUCAGUCAGAUCUGUCGGGCGACCAGUGUGAGUGUGUGAAGGCCAUCUGUGGAGGAGACGAUUAACAGAGCGUCCACCUGAAGACGAGAAGAAACCCGCUUUCUCCUUCACGCUUGUGUCAUUCACGCCUGCCUCUCUUUUCUGUUUAUCUGUGUAACCCUGUUUCUUAAAUUUGCACACGGAGAAGGAUGUAAUAAAAAUAAAGAUUUAGUGGUGCAGUUUCUCUGUCUUAUUGAUAAACUGGCCACAUGUAGAAUAUUUAAUCCAAUUUGCAGAUAUUUCCAUUGCAGCAGUUUUUAGCAUACAUUAAAAUGUGCAUCCUUUCUGAAAUCUUUGAAAUUAAUCAAAUAUAAAUGGCUCCUCUGUGCUGUAACUCUUAAACUAUAACUGAAUGAAUAAUAAAGCAGUUAAUUAAGGGAAAGUAAUAAAUAUCAGCUCAUAACGGG